AUGGAUGCUUACAAGAAGAGAGAGGCGACCACGUGGCAUGCUCCCAGUUCGAAAAAGGUCCUCUCUCUCUCUCUCACCCUCUCCGCACACACAGAUCAACUUCUGCAACUAGCAAGCAUGGGUGGUGGUGAUGGGGGUGGAGAUAUGCUACUCGGUUUCACUCCCGAGGCAGAAGCUUCGGUGGAACAAAGUUCUUCACCAUCAUCAUCAGGCUCCUCCUCUCUUCUAAGAUUACAGGAGAGAAUUGAGGAUGGAACAGUGGAUGGAGAGUGUGGGUCGGUGUUUGAAGGAUUUAGAAUUCCUUCAAGUUUUUUGGAACUUCAAGCUGAUCAGAAGGAGAGCAUUGUUUACAGGGAAGUCUUGGAGAGUUAUGAUCAGUUAGAGGAUAGAAGGAAGAGCUUGGAUGAAGGCAAGAGCAAAAUCUUGAGUUAUACUCCUGGAGGAUGGAUGGAGAAUGUCAUUGGCAUGAAAUUGAGGGACUAUGAUGUGCCGAACACGACAAUCCUCCUACUAAUUGGUCCCAAGGGAUCUGGAAAAAGCAGUCUUGUAAAUAGAAUUUCUAAGGUUUUUGAAGAUGACAAGUUUGCUUCUGAAAGAGCACAAUCAUUUCUUUUCAGUGAUACUUCGAAGUUAUUUCUUGCUGCAGAUAAUCCUUCUGUUGGAGAUGGAACCUACUUCCUUCAGGAAUAUAUGAUUCCAAGAGAUUCAACUUCUUUCUGUCUUUAUGAUACCCGUGGUUUGUCCUACAACUCAUCUGAUAAUGUUAAAAUGCUCAAGAAUUGGAUUACAGAAGGUGUUCAUCAUAGGGAGCUCAUUAUUAGGCCAUCGGAUAGUUCACAUUUGAGGAACAGAAUGAAGUGCAAAGCUCAUGGGAAUGGUUGUCAGCCCAAGGAGAAGAGGAUGGUUAACUUUGUCAUUUUUGUUGUCGAUGGUCUUGAAGUUCUGAAAUCCAUGGAUAAUGCUGUAGGCGAGGGGACAGAGUAUACGCAGAUGAUUGCUACUACUUUUGACUGCCCAUAUUUAUCGUUUAAUGAUGAUAAACCUGUGGUUGUUGUUACACACGGCGAUUUACUUUCACUCAAUGAUCGUGCUCGUGUACGUGUUCAUCUGGGGGAGCUGCUUGAAAGCCAUGAUCCAGUAACUGAGUUGGCAAUAGUCAGCAUGCUGCAUUAUUCCCUGGAGCAUGCUGAUAAAUAUCUUCCUCGCAAGGGCUGGACAGCCGAAAAGUGUGCUGACUUUGACAAAUGCUUGCAGAUUCGUAGAGUUGGUGGAGUAUGCCUCUCCACAUAUGCAUCUCUCUUCCUGAUUCUUGCAACUACCAUUAUAUCAAUCUACACACCACUUUUGCAUAUUCACCACCCCACUAAAUCAAAAUCUCUGGUGGAUCCUUCUAAAUCAGCAGCUCUGAUGGAUCCCCCUAUAUCAGUAGCUCUCUUGGAUCCACCUAAAUCAAAAGCUCAUAAUAGACCCCGUAAAUCAAAAGCUCACAACAGACCCCCUAAAUCAAAAGCUCAUGUGGAUCCCCCUAAAUCAAAACGUCUUGCCAAUUCCCAUCAAUCAGACGAUCGGAUUGUAAAUUGGCGUCCUCGCAUGCGCCUGUGGUUGGACUAG